CAUCAGAGCGGUGACGCGCUCCGCUUCCGCGUUCUUCGCAUAGCAACAGUGAGCGGAGGGAGCGGAGAUGGCGGCUCAGACACAGCGGCGGCGCUGAGACCGCGACGGACAGACGGAGACGACGAGGGCCGGCAGGGGAGGAGGGCUUUAACGGCACCGACGACACGGACAUGGCCUCCGCCGGCGCUCGGAUCAGCCAGCAGGCCCUGGCCGUGCUGGACGUGGCUCUGCGGGUGCCCUGUAUCUUUAUAAUCGACGCCAUUUUUAACUCUUACCCCGACCCCGGAGCGGGCUGGGCCGGCACAGCCGGCAGGGUUGUGGGGCGAGUGCUGGGUAUUGUGGUCUGCAGUGUAGUGCUGGUGCUGUCUCAGAAGUCCCUCUUUAAGUUCUACGCCCUGUUCUGUGCCGUGCUGCUGGGCGCCGUUGCAGUGUUGAUAAACUACUAUGCCACGUCCCAUAUAGACUUCUAUAGCGCCUACUACAAGGCAGCACUGGGCUUUCGGGUGCUGCCCCGAAACGGGCCCACGCUGUGGCUGGGCAUGGCGGUGCUGCAGCUGCUGUUUGGCACGGGAUACGUGGUCCUGCUGAACGUGCGCUCGCUGUGCGCUGCCCUAGUGGUGUUGGACAUCCUGCUGCCUCUGUCAGGCCUGGUCAUGGAGCUGCCGCUGGACGUGCGGCAGCUGGUGGCCGUGGCCUCGGGCCUGAUGCUGGCCCUGAACACGGCCGUGUGCCUGCUGCUGCGGCUCAAGUGGUUCUACUACUCCUGCCGCUAUGUGUACCUGCUGGUGCGCCACAUGUACCGCAUCUAUGGCCUACAGCUGCUGCUGGAGGACACGUGGAAGAGGAUCCGCUUCCCCGACGUGCUGCGAGUCUUCUGGCUGACCCGCAUGACGGCACAGGCCGUGGUGCUGGUGUAUGUGGUGAAGGCGGCCCGGCUGGAGAGCGGCGGGGAGCAGCCCUACCUGACGUGGGACGUCUUCUGGGACCUGUGUAGCAACCUGAUCAUCAGUGGCUGCGACUCCACACUGACGGUUCUGGGCAUGAGCGCAGUCAUCUCCUCCAUUGCCCACUACCUGGGCCUCAGCAUCUUGGCCUUCAUCGGCUCCACGGAGGAGGAGGACAAGCGGCUUGGUUUUGUGGCACCCGUGCUCUUCUUCAUCCUUGCGCUGCAGACGGGACUGAGCGGUCUGGAUCCCGAAGAGCGGCUGGUGCGCCUCAGCAGGAACAUGUGCCUCCUGCUCACGGCCGUCCUGCACUUCAUCCACGGCAUGACGGACCCAGUGCUGAUGUCCCUGAGCGCCUCACACGUCCCGUCCGCCCGCCGCCACCUGCCCGUGCUGCUGGUGUCGCUGGGUCUCCUGGUGCUGCCUGUGCUGCUCAGUCGCCUGCUAUGGCGACACUACGCCCUCAACACCUGGCUGUUUGCCGUCACUGCCUUCUGUGUGGAGCUGUGCCUGAAGGUGCUGGUCUCGUUGACUGUGUAUGGCCUGUUCAUGAUCGAUGGCUACUACAACGUACUCUGGGAGAAGCUGGAUGACUACGUCUACUACGUGCGCUCCACGGGCAACGUUAUCGAAUUUGUCUUCGGCGUGGUCAUGUUCGGCAACGGCGCCUACACCAUGAUGUUCGAGUCGGGCAGCAAGAUACGGGCCUGUAUGAUGUGCCUCCAUGCGUACUUCAACAUUUACCUGCAGGCGAAGAAUGGUUGGAAGACCUUCAUCAACCGCCGCACGGCCGUGAAAAAGAUCAACUCCCUUCCGGAGGUGAAGGGCACCGAGCUGCGGGACGUGGAGGAUGUGUGCGCCAUCUGCUACCAGGAGUUUACAGCCUCGGCCCGAAUCACGCCCUGCCGCCACUACUUCCACGCCCUCUGCCUCCGCAAGUGGCUCUACAUCCAGGACACCUGCCCCAUGUGCCAUCAGAAAGUGUACGUUGAGGAGGACACCCGCGAGCGUGCCCCGUUCUCCAACAACAAUGGCUACGCGCCAGCUGGAGAGGAGCGGGGGGCGGAGUUUGACGGAGGAGGUGGAGCGGAAGCGGGGCCGGCAGCAGCAGCAGCAGAGAGGGCGGAGCCUGAUAACGAGCUGCUGGAGGAUAAUGACAGUAUAGAAUACGAUGAGGACGAGUGGGGCACCCAGAGCGCGGCGACCCCUGUAGAGGAGGACUACAUUAAUGAUGACACAGACUCGAACACGGACUGAAGGAAACAGGUGUUUUUAGUUUAAGACAAAACAAGCAUCUUAAUUUUUGAGAUCAGGGAAAGUUCUUUUUUCCUCUUGCUCCUUUAGGAUUUGUUUUGUAUGUCUGUGUCUCUCAAAGGGCUGAGUGGAGUUAAAAGAAUAACAUUGGAGAGAGUGAGUGCCUAAGCAAGGGGUCAGAGGUCAGAGAGACGCACGCAAGUGGUCCUCCGGAGUGUUUAGUAACGGCAUCUAUGGAGUGUUCGCUACUUUAGAGUCGAAGAUCGAGGGAGAUCUUCGCAUCUCGCGCUGCCCCGCUUACGGAAGGAGAGGUAAAAGGCGACGUGCUACUGCAACCACACAGAUAUACCUCUUUAUGGCUACUACUGGUCUCUUGUGUGACCUUGCUUCAAAUUUGUGUACAUUGUUGUACAUGUAAUAAAAGAAUGACGCUCUUUCCCGUGCGAAAAAGAGAGAAGUGUUUGUGCUGUGUUCUCAGAGGUGGCUGGAGAAGGACUGAGUGAAACUCUGACUGCGCCAUGUCUCAGUAAAUAAGACGUUUUCAGACCACGUCUGUGUUAGUCUCCACAUUUCGUUCAGACUCGGCUCAGUUGCUUUCGUUGUUUUGAACAUGACACUUUUUUUUUUUUUUUUGGUGUCUCUGUUCCCGUUCUGCACUACAACUAACACAAUUCUCCUGUUCUGGGUUUCAGUUAACGUUUCAGCUGGAGCAAUAAGCCCGUCAGUGAUGAUUAUGUUGAUGAGAGUCCAGUGACUGUUUUUGUAAAGCUUUAAAGAGAGAAUGCUGAGCCAGCAUCAGGUAUUGCCUUCCCCCAAUCAUCAACAGUAAAUUAUAGCUCGCUUCGGAGUCAUUAGGGAUAAAUGACUGACUGUAUUUGAAACGUGUUCGUUCUCCACUCCAAACGGGACUUGUUCACGUUUGGUGGGGCAAAUUUUGAAAUUCAAGCUUUUCCGUAUUGUAAUUAGCAACAUUUUGUGGACACGUUGCUCAAGAGUUUUCUAAAACAAAUAAAUAAAUAUAUAGGAAAAAAAAAAUCUGGGGGUGGGCAAUAUGGCCAAAGGCUAACUUUUUUUUUUUUUCCCUCCUCGAUACACAUCACUGCAUUACAAUAUUUAUUUUUUCUGAGGUCAUGGAGCAGUAAAUUCCCUUCUCACCAUGUCUGAGAAUUUCCCUAUGUACCAAUUAAGUGUGUUAUGUCCAGAUGAUAAAAUGAUCUGGAAAUCAAGGCCAUGUGGAGACAGAAUUCCCACCCUGUAUUGUCACGGUCAGAUCAAAACCUUAUCAGUUAAAUCUUUUUAUUGCAUCUAAACGUUGCCAUUUUGGAGAUUUGAGGUUUUGUUCAGACAGCGGCAAUCCAUCGAUCAUGUGAAAUCGGAGUAUUGAGUAAUGACUGAUCUGAGAUCAGCAGAAACUGGACUAAUUUGUUUUCUUCUUCAUGCUCAGUGGUCACUGCGCUCUCAGUUUCUUUGAGAAGUGUAUGAAGGAUUUUCAUGAUUUGGACAUGAUUUGUUUUGCUCAGUGGGACUUCAGGUGGAUCUAUUGAUUUUGCCGUUUGCUCAGAAGAGUUAAUAAAAUCAUAUUUAAUAGUGCGUUGCA